AUGGUGUUACAUUUACCAUCAACAAACUCUAUUAUAUUCAAUCAAAACAUACUCAAACCAAACACUCAACCUCAAUUCAUAGAGCUUUCAUACCUGGAACUCAACUCAAAAGAAAUCGAGGAAGAUACAACAAUUAAUUUAGUUUCACAAUGGUAUCCCAUAGGUGACUGUGUAACUAAUUAUGCUGGAGAUAAAGCAACAUAUAGGCAAACUUGGUCAGUAGAAUUUGAUUUUGGAGUAGAUUAUAGAUUAAAUUAUGGUGGAUACUUUAUAAAUUUUGGACCUGGAUACAAAAGUAAUUUUAUUUGGGCAAAAGGGUUUGGUGGUAGUUUUGGUUGCGAUUUAGAUCCAGGCAAUACUUUACAAUUUGCUAUUUUAUUCACUAAAUAUGAAGUUGAUGGAGUGAAAUAUAGAGAAAUUAAGAGAGGAAGUUUUUGGAACAAGAAUAGGAUUAAAUUUGGUGAAUGGAAAAGGUUUAAUAGAUUUGAGACUAUAGAUAAAAAUGAUAUUCAAAUUGCUUGUUUUACUGAUCCACGAAAUCUUAGGUGUAAAUAA